GGCCCCGUACGCUGGUGGAGAGGUAGAACCGUAGAAGCGUAUCGAUCACGAGCUCGCGACGAUGGCGUUCGGCGUCUCCGGCCCCGGCUCCGGCGAUGGCGUGGCGGCGGCGGCGCGGUUCGGCGCGCACGUGGUGCGGGGGCGGUGGUUCAUGUUCUUCGCGUCGAUCCUGAUCAUGGCGGCGGCGGGCGGCACGUACAUCUUCGGCAUCUACUCCAAGGCGAUCAAGACCUCGCUGGGCUACGACCAGCAGACGCUCAACACGCUCAGCUUCUUCAAGGACGUCGGCGCCAACGUCGGCGUCCUCCCGGGCCUCAUCAACGAGGUCACGCCGCCGUCCGUCGUGCUCGCCGCCGGCGCCGCCAUGAACCUCGCCGGCUACCUCAUGAUCUACCUCGCCGUGUCGGGGCGCACGCCGCGGCCCCCCGUGUGGCUCAUGUGCCUCUACAUCGCCGUCGGCGCCAACUCCCAGUCGUUCGCCAACACCGGCGCGCUCGUCACCGCCGUCAAGAACUUCCCGGAGGACCGCGGCGUCGUGCUGGGGCUGCUCAAGGGCUUCGUCGGCCUCAGCGGCGCCAUCUUCACGCAGCUCUACCGCGCCAUCUACGGCGCCGACGACGACGGCGCGUCGCUCGUGCUGCUCAUGGCGUGGCUCCCCGCCGCCAUCUCGCUGCUCUUCAUCCCCACCAUCCGCAUCAUGCCGCGCGACGCCGCCGCCGCGGGCGCGGACGCGCGGAGGCGGCGGGAGCGCAAGGCGUUCUUCUACUUCCUCUACGCCUCCAUCGUCCUCGCCGUCUACCUCCUCGUCAUGAACGUCGUCGAGCUCGAGGUGGUCGGCUUCCCCAAGCCGGCGUACUACGUCACCGCCACCGUCCUCCUCCUCCUCAUCUUCUUCCCCCUCGUCAUCGUCGUCAAGCAAGAACUCAACACCUACCUCCAGCCUCCGCCGCCGCCGACGACGACGAGCUCCACCGUCGACGAGAAGAAGGAGCACGACGGCGGCGGCGGCGAGGACGACAAGCCGGUGGCGUGCAUGCAGGACGUGUUCAGGCCGCCGGCGAGGGGGGAGGACUACACGAUACUGCAGGCGCUGUUCAGCGUGGACAUGGCGGUGCUGUUCGUGGCCACCAUCUGCGGCAUCGGCGGCACGCUGACGGCGAUCGACAACAUGGGGCAGAUCGGGCAGUCGCUGGGCUACCCGCAGCGGAGCAUCUCCACCUUCGUCUCCCUCGUCAGCAUCUGGAACUACGCCGGCCGCGUCGCCGCCGGGUUCGGCUCGGAGUACGUGCUCGCCGCGUACAAGCUGCCGCGGCCGCUGGCGCUCACGGCGGUGCUCCUCCUCGCCACCGCCGGCCACCUCCUCAUCGCGCUCGGCGUCGGCAACGGCCUCUACGCGGCGUCGGUGAUCCUCGGCUUCUGCUUCGGCGCGCAGUGGCCGCUGCUGUUCGCCAUCAUCUCCGAGGUGUUCGGCCUCAAGUACUACUCCACGCUCUACAACUUCGGCGCCGUGGCGAGCCCCGUCGGCUCCUACAUCCUCAACGUCCGCGUCACCGGCCACCUCUACGACCGGGAGGCGGAGCGCCAGCUGGCCGCCGCCGGCGGCGGCGCCGCGGCGAGGAGGGGAAGCAGGGACCUGACGUGCGCCGGGGUGAGGUGCUUCAGGGUGUCGUUCCUCAUCAUCGCCGCCGUGACGCUGCUCGGCGCCGCCGUGUCGCUGCUGCUGGCGUGGCGGACGAGGAAGUUCUACCGCGGCGACCUGUACGGCAAGUUCAGGGAGGUCGCCAUGGCGGGAGGGGAGGAAGGAGGAGCACGGCAGGUCAAGGUCGACGACGAGGCCAGCGGGAGUAGCGGCGGCGGCGGCAAUGGCACCACCAAGGUUUGAGUGGUAGGUGUGCAGCGUGUAGCAAGAGGUAGGAAGGAGAAGCAAACGUGAACGUACAGGUGUGAGUCGUGGUCAAACGGGCACGGAUUGAUUGUACCGUUACCGUACGUGUGGUUACGUGCGACGCAACAGUACACGCCCGGUCAGUCGGUCACAUGAUCACAUCUUGCUGGCCCUGUUAAUUAACCAGAAUUGCUAGCCAGUUCUUUUACUUUUCUUAAAAAAGAUUUUCGAUUUCUGGACGGUCAGAUCUAAUCGAAAUUUGUUCACUGCGUUGGAAAAGACCUUUAGAAAAAAAAUUUUAAAAAAUAGAUUGCUCACUGUUUUAAUUUUUCUGAAAUAUAUCAGUGCUGAAAAGUUUACAGCUCUAGACCACGGUGUCCAUGGUCGUGUUUGUGUGAACAUUGUUCGAAGUAGUGAUAUCGACUA